AUGGAUGCGGUGGUCAAAGUGUACUGCGUCCACACAGAGCCCAACUUCUCGCUCCCGUGGCAGCGCAAGCGCCAGUACGCCAGCACAUCCUCUGGAUUCAUGGUGCAGGGCGCCAAGGGGCAGAAGUGGCUGCUCACCAAUGCACACUCCGUGGAGUACCACUCACAGGUGAAGGUGAAGCGGCGAGGGGAUGAUCAGAAGUUUUUGGCCGAGGUGUUGGCCAUUGGGACAGAGUGUGACAUAGCUUUGUUGACAGUGGCGGACGAGGCAUUCUGGGAGGGAGUUGUGCCUUUAGAAUUGGGGCCCCUGCCACGAUUACAGGACGCCGUGGCAGUGGUCGGCUACCCAAUAGGAGGAGACACAAUCAGUGUUACCAGUGGCGUGGUCAGUCGCAUUGAGGUGACCAGCUAUGUGCACGGCAGCACAGAGCUUUUGGGCGUCCAGAUUGAUGCUGCCAUCAAUUCUGGCAACUCAGGCGGGCCCGUCUUCAAUGAGAUUGGGCAAUGCGUCGGGAUUGCGUUCCAGUCCAUGGCUGGAUCUGAUGCCGAGAACAUCGGCUAUGUCAUUCCAACCCCAGUCAUAAAUCACUUCCUCACAGACUACCAGCGGAAUGGCCGAUUCACCGGGUUUCCAGUGCUGGGAGUGAAGUGGCAGCGCAUGGAGAGUGCUGGGCUGAGGGCGUCCUAUGGGCUGAUGCCCCCUUUGAAGGGGGUGCUUGUGCGCAGCAUUUGGCCCACCUCCCCGCUGGCGGCAGUUGCCGGCCCCGAUGACAUCAUCAUGCGUUUUGAUGGCAUCCAGGUCGCAUGCGACGGCACCGUCCCCUUCAGGACGGGGGAGCGCAUCCACUUCAACUACUUGAUAUCCCAAAAGUACACUGGGGAGCAUGCGCAGCUGGACCUGCUCAGGAAGGGGCAGGAGGUGUCUCUGCGAGUGCCCCUGGACCGGCCUCAUGCCCUUGUUCCUCUCCACCUGGGCGGCCACCAGCCCAGCUACCUCGUCGUCGCAGGCAUUGUGUUCACGGUGUGCUGCGAGCCGUACCUGGAGAGCGAGUACGGUGCGGAUUACAUCAGCGAGACGCCCGUGAAGCUGCUGGACCGCCUGCUCUAUGGCCAGCGCGAGCACAUCGAUGAAGAGGUGGUGAUCCUGUCUCAGGUGCUGGCCUGCGACGCGACUCUGGGGUACGAGGAUCUGUUCAACACGCAGGUGCUCAAGUUCAACGAGACGCCCGUGCGCAACUUGAGGCACCUGGCGCAGCUGGCCACUGCCUGCUCCGACCCCUUCAUGCGCUUUGACCUGGAGUACAAUGAGGUGGUCAUCUUGGAGACGAAGAAUGCCCAUGCAGCUACGAAGGAGAUCCUUGCGCUGCACUCCAUUCCAGCUUCAGUCUCAAAGGACUUGCUCGACAUUGUCAGCGCCCCAGAGCAGAUGACUGUGGCUUGA